GAAAAAAUUUCAUACUUUGAGAAAUAGUGGUAACAAUAGCUAUUGAUACCUCAAAAACAAUGCAAAACAAGAAACAAUCACAUAUAUUCAUUGCCAUAACAAUUGUUCUCUUGUUUGCGAUGGCAUAUAAAAUAAACGCUAUUGACGUUCAUGACGCCGUUUGUUUUCGGUCAGAGUGUACAAGCGUAUGUGAUACGAUUUGCUUAAGCAAAGGCUAUAAAAAUGGAUGGUAUUGUGGAACAUUUAGACUGCACACUGGAUGUUGUUGUCUAAAAAAGAAAGAACUCAACCAAAUAAUAUAUCCAUCAAAAAACUAAAUAUCCAUCUUGACUUUCUUCUUUGUUUGAAAUUUUUAAUGUUAUGGUAUAUUGGUAUUGAUAAAUUUUACAUUAUGAUGUGAAGAAACAUAUCUUAAAAUUUAUCUUCUAGUUUUAUAAAUGAGCUACAUGCAGUUAGAUUGUGGUAA